GAAAAAUCACCAUUUGAAGUGGCGUGUGGUUUGUCCUUUAAUAUGUUAACAUUACUUGCAUGUCUUACUAUGCCGGCCAUAUUUGUUCAAUUAUAAACUAAUACACUAAAGUUGGGGUUUACCUAUGACCAUUUCUUUGUACAUUUUAGAGUCCAACUUACCUAAUUCUCCUACAAAUAUAGCCUAUUCAGCAUCCCAUUAAUCCUCCUCAUCUACUACUACUACUACUCAAUUUUGUGUUCACAUAUUUGUAAGUACUCACAUGAUGAAAGGAGGGUCUGGAGUACUUCAUCAACAUGGUCCUCUUGAUCAUAGUAUUACACAACAAUCCAACGAACAAUGGGAUUGUGCUAGUCUUGGAUUUUCUGGAAUUAGUUCUGCCCCUAACACCUCCGCAAGUCGCGCCAAUAAUCCUGAAAGAAAUGAACUUUCCCAGUGGGUUGAGCAGGUCACUAGGCAACUCAUUGAAGAUUUGCCUGAAAAUGAAACUGGAGUAGGCUUACAGACUAAUAGUACAGGCACAUCGACAUAUCAGGAAAACAUUGUUCCCUCACUAUUAGGAGAGCUGAGGCCUAAGAAAAUUGCACGAAGAAAUUCUUCUGAGUGCAUUGGACACCACCACCACCACCAAUGGAGCUCUCAUGAUGAUCAUCUCGCAAGAGAUGAUAAUAAUAGGAAUAGAAAUGAGACGAUAGCUAAAGGAUUGAAUGGGCUAGAUGAUCAAGGACUCAACUUGAUCACUCUUCUUUUGGAAUGUGCAGUUGCUCUAUCAGUAGAUAAUUUGGGAGAAGCUCAUAGAAUGUUGCUUGAGUUAACACAAAUGGCAUCACCCUAUGGAACAUCUUGUGCUGAAAGAGUAGUGGCCUACUUUGCCAAAGCAAUGGCUAGUAGAGUCAUCAACUCAUGGCUAGGAAUAUGUUCCCCUUUGAUCAAUUACAAGAGUGUCCAUGGUGCUUUUCAAGUGUUCAACAACAUCUCACCAUUCAUAAAAUUUGCACAUUUCACCUCCAACCAAGCAAUCCUUGAGGCAUUUCAUCGUCGAGACAGAGUCCAUAUCAUCGACGUGGACAUCAUGCAAGGUCUACAGUGGCCGGCUCUUUUUCAUAUCCUCGCCACUCGCAUGGAAGGCCCUCCACAUGUUACAAUGACGGGAAUGGGGAUAUCAAUGGAAAUUUUGAUUGAGACAGGGAAACAACUUUCCAAUUUCGCCAAACGCCUCGGAAUGUCAUUUGAGUUCCACCCAAUAGGGGGGAAAACAGGGGAAAUUGACAUAUCCAUGUUCAAAAUUACGAGAGGAGAGGCUAUAGCCAUACAUUGGGUGCAACAUUCAUUGUAUGAUGCCACAGGCCCUGAUUGGAAAACAAUGCGACUUCUCCAAGAACUAUCACCAAGAGUUGUCACACUAGUAGAACAAGAAAUAGCACUAGGGGGUUGUUUCUUGGACCGAUUCGUGGGAUCCCUCCAUUACUACUCAACCGUUUUCGACUCGUUAGGAGCAUUCUUGCAGAGUGAUGAUUCAAGCAGGCACAGUGUAGAACAUGGCCUGCUUUACGGAGAAAUCAAUAACAUAUUAGCCAUUGGAGGACCUGCAAGAAAUGGGGAAGAUAAGUUUAGACAUUGGAGAAGUGAACUAUCAAAAAAUGGAUUCAUGCAAGUGCCAAUGAGUACAAAUUCAAUGGCACAAGCUCAGUUGAUACUGAAUAUGUUCCCACCAGCUCAUGGUUAUACUCUCGUACGAGGUGAUGGAACAUUAAGGCUUGGGUGGAAGGAUACUAGUUUGUUUACUGCAUCUGCAUGGACAUCUCCAAAUUCUAGAUAGCAUUAAUUUGGAAUAUGUUCUGAUAAACUAUUGUUAUUAGACAACGAAAUAAUG